AUGGAAGAUUUUAAAUGAAGUCAUAAAUAAGAGAAAAGGUGUUAAAGAAUAUCCUGCCCUUUUUUACACAAGUACUGGUACAGUUGUUAAGGAAAAUAAAGCAAUAACAGUUCAUUUAAUGAUUACUUUGUGUUACAGAUGAAUGACAUCAUAAAGACAAAAGUGCACACAUCAUAAAGCAAAGUAGGUCACAUGACUGCCAGCUCAAUACAGAUGAAUGACAUCAUAAAGAUAAAAGUGCACCACAUCACAAAGGAAAGUAGGUCACAUGACUGCCAGCUCAAUACAGAUGAAUGACAUCAUAAAGAUAAAAGUGCACCACAUCACAAAGGAAAGUAGGUCACUUAUCUGUAAGCUCAGUGCUCACAGGUAGUGUUCAGGACAAACGUGUGCACAGUUUGUAUUUACAACAGCAGUGAACAGAACAAAAGACUUCAUUCUUCAGUCUCAUUUUCAAAUAUCUGUUACUGACUCAAUUAUUUGAAAUGAAAACUAAAACUCGGCCAGUGCUUAAUCGUAACAUGUUCAAACAGGUAAGUUUUUCCCAUUUUAACUAUUUGAUUCCACCAUAUGUCUUGUAUAUAUUUUAUUAGUGUUCAUAUUUUCACUGAAAUACUCAAUGAGAUUUUUCAGCUCACACGGGCUGUGUUCAAUAAUCCAGUGAAUUGAACAAGAUGAGUUUGAAGCAUUUUGCAGUCAUCUAUUAUAUUCUUCCAACUAAUUAAAAAUAUAAAUUGUGACUACAUAUAAAAGAACAGUAACAGCCAGAUGUGAAUUCCCUCUCUUUUUUUGGAACAAGAAGCACUUGUAGUCUUUGACUUGCUCAAGAACUAAAGGUCAAGAACUGAUACAUUUAACACUUAUGGUUUAAAUAACUUGGUUCACUGUUGAGCCACAGCUGCACUACAGCACCUUUGUUUGUUUUUGUUUGUUUGUUGUUUUAAACACAAAUAUUUAUAAAUAUAUUGUUUUAUUGUAAUUGUUUUAUUCUAGUAAUGAUAGUCAACCCCCUGAUUCUGCCUCAGUAAACCAUAAAAAGAGGCACCCACCAAAAUAAAAGUAAGACUUCAGUGAAGAGAGACAGAAGUAAAUAUUCAGAGGCAGAUUCAGAUCAUGACCUAAACUCUUCCUUAACACAAUGAUUACCUUGUCAUGGAAUGUUUCAGAAUCUGGUCUUCAGCUUUAGAGUUCAGUAUGACAUCUAAAGACAGACAGACCAGAGUAAUCAUUUAUUUAUUGACUGCUGUCGGUUUUGUUAAAGGUUAAUAUUCCCUAUAAUAAAUACAAUGUGCAUCUGCUCAACAGCCUCAGUUGCUCAGGUUGAUUGUUUUUAUUUCAGUGCAUCUGACUCGUCAGCUGAAAAACACUUUGUAAUCCAUCAACUUUUUGUCCCUUUUAUAUUUGUACAGCGCUUGCAUGAAAAAACAAUGCAGAAGGAAGAGCAGUUGGUACAGAAUGAUGCCAACCCAAAGAAUAAGGAGGUGGAAGCUUUGGAGAAAGUCCAGGUUAUUGAACAGGAAACCAGAAUAACCGGAAUAAAUGAUGGUUGUCAAAAAGAAAUGGAAGCCAAAGUGGUGACGUUUCAACAAGAGCUUCAGAACCUGCAGGUGCACUUCAGGAAUGACAAGCAAACCAAGCAGAUGCAAUACCUGCAUGCACUGAAAAAGCAGGGGACCUGCUUCAAGAAAGAGCAGGAAAGAAAAGAGAGGCAAUACCGAGAUGUGCUGAAAAAGCAGGGCAUGUGGUUUAAGAAAGAGCAGGAAAGUAAGCAGAUGCAAUACAGAGAUGUGCAGAAAAAGCAGGGCAUGUGGUUUAAGAAAGAGCAGGAAAGUAAGCAGAUGCAAUACAGAGAUGUGCAGAAAAAGCAGGGCAUGUGGUUUAAGAAAGAGCAGGAAAGUAAGCAGAUGCAAUACAGAGAUGUGCAGAAAAACCAGGGCAUGUGGUUUAAGAAAGAGCAGGAAAGUAAGCAGAUGCAAUACAGAGAUGUGCAGAAAAACCAGGGUCUCUGCUUCAAGAAAGAGCAGGAAAUGAAGGAGGCUUCGUUCCAGCAACAGCUGAAGGAAAAGGGUGUGAGCAACCAGAAUGAGCAGGAACACCAGAGAGUUAUUUUCAAAGAGUUGGAAACUAAGGAGGCUUGGUUCCGACACCAACUUGAAGAGAAAGAUACCAUCUUCCAGAAAAAGCUAGAAGAAAUGAAAGCAAGCUACAGGAAAGAGCAGGUGUUCAAGGAGACUUGGUUCAACCAACAGCUGGAACAAAUGGUUGUCAGCUUCCAGAAAGUUGUGAUGGAUAAGGAUGCCAGCUUCAUGAAAGAGCAGGAAACCAAGGAUGCUUGGAUCCGACAUCUGGGAGAAAAGACUGACAGUUUACAGAAACAGCUUGAAGAAAAGGAUGCCAUUUUCAGGAAAGAGCAAGAGAUGAAGGAUGCUUUGUUCCAGCAACAGCUGGCAGAAAAAGAUGUCAGUUUCCACAAAAUUAUGGAAGACAAAGAUGCCAGCUUCCAGAAAAAGCUCAAAGAACUGGAUAUUAGUUUCAGCAAAGAAAAGGAAAGCAGGGAGGCUUGUUUCCAGCAGCAGCUGGAGUUAAAGGAUGCCAGCUUCCACAAAGUUCUGGAAGAUAAAGAAGCCAGUUUCAGAAAACAGCAGGAAAUGAAGGAAGCUUGGUUUCAACAGGAGCUGGAAGCAAAGGAUAUCAGCUUCACGAAAGAGAAGGAAAUGAUGGCAGCAAGGUUAAGACAACACUUGGAAGAAAAGGAUGCCAGCGCCCAGAAAAAGUUGGAAGAACACACUGCUAGGUUCAAGAGAGAGCAAGAAACCAUGGAGGCUUCAUUCCAACAACAGCUGAAAGAAAACAAUGCCAGAUUCCAGAAAGUUCUGGAAGAAAAAGAUGCCAGAUGCAAGCAAGAGCAGGAAAUCAUGGAAGCUCGGUUCCAUCAACAGCUGCAAGAAAAACAUGAGAGUUUUCAGAAAAACCUGGAGGACAAUCAUACAGUCUUCAUGCAAGAGCAGAAUGCUAAAGAGGAUUGGUUCCAACGGCAGAUGAAAUUAAAGGACGCCAUUUUCCAGAACAAGAUGGAAGAAAAGGAUGCCAGCCUGAGGAUGGAGCAGGAAAUCAAGGCUUGGUACCGACGACAGAUAAAACAAAAGGAUGCCAGCUUCUGCAAAGUUCUGGAAGACAAGGAUGCCAGCUUUGUGAAAGAGCGGGAAAACAAGGAGGCUUGGUUCAGGCAAAAGCUGAAAGAAAAGGAUUCUAGCUUCCAGCAAGUUCUGGAAGACAAGGAUGGCAGCUACAGGAAAGAGCGGGAAACCAUGGAAGCUUGGUAUCAACAACAGCUGGAAGAAAAAGAUGCCAGCUUCCAGAAAAAGUUGGAGGAAAAGGAUGCCAUCUUCCAGAAAGAGCAGGAAGACAAGGAUGGCAGCUACAGGAAAGAGUGGGAAACCAUGGAAGCUUGGUAUCAACAACAGCUGGAAGAAAAAGAUGCCAGCUUCCAGAAAAAGUUGGAGGAAAAGGAUGCCAUCUUCCAGAAAGAGCAGGAAGACAAGGAUGGCAGCUACAGGAAAGAGCGGGAAACCAUGGAAGCUUGGUAUCAACAACAGCUGGAAGAAAAAGAUGCCAGCUUCCAGAAAAAGUUGGAGGAAAAGGAUGCCAUCUUCCAGAAAGAGCAGGAAGACAAGGAUGGCAGCUACAGGAGAGAGUGGGAAACCAUGGAAGCUUGGUAUCAACAACAGCUGGAAGAAAAAGAUGCCAUCUUCCAGAAAAAGUUGGAGGAAAAGGAUGCCAUCUUCCAGAAAGAGCAGGAAGACAAGGAUGGCAGCUACAGGAAAGAGCAGGAAACCAUGGAAGCUUGGUAUCAACAACAGCUGGAAGAAAAAGAUGCCAGCUUCCAGAAAAAGUUGGAGGAAAAGGGUGCCAUCUUCCAGAAAGAGCCUGAAGAGAAGGAAGCUUGGCUCAGGCAGUGCUUGGAAGAAGAAAGGAUGCCAGCUUCCAAAAAGUUCUGGAAGACAAGGACGCCAGCUACAAGUCAAAGCAGGAAACCACAGAAGCUUGGUUCCAACAACAGUUGGAAGAAAAAGAAGCCUGCUUCCAGAAAAAGCUGCAGGAAAAUGAUGCCAGCUACAGAAAAAAGGAGGAAACCAAGGAGAUUUGGUUCCAACAACAGCUGGAUGAAAAGAAUGGCAGUUUCCAGAAAAAGCUGUUAG